AGUUGAACGCUGGUUGAUUCCUCACGAGAAGACGAGGCAGAGUUGCAGAAACUCACUCUCCUUCGCUCCUGUCCUUCUCCAACAUUCCGUCUCCAUCGCAUUACCUUCCAUUAUCGGUGCUCAGAUCUCGAUCAUUCUGACCUAAAAAACUGCCUACAUUCUUCAUUUCUUCUUCUCUGUUUCAUGUUUUUUUCUUCUCUUUUCUUCAGCACAGCGAGCAAAAUCAGAGAAAUAAACAAAAUUGACGGUUGAUUUUUGCUUGGCACAGAACACUUGAUCAAUUUCAGGUUGGAAAAUUUAUUUCUUUCAGUUAGAUGCAUUUGUAGUUAUAGAUGGCAACUUUCCUGUCUUCACUCAUUCAGCCAUUCUGUGGAUAUAAUCGUGGAGGUACUGAAUCAUUCAAACUGGCUGUAAAUGAUUACCAUACAUAUGGACAGAAGAUGAAUUAUCAUUCUGGAAAAUUGGAUGAGGCUAGAAUGCAAGCUCAUGGAGAAAGUAAAGUAGGUUUUAUAAAAUCUUUGCACAGGAACGUUUGUAAAGCAUAUGCUCCAUCUGGAAUUUCGGUUGGGAAAAGUGAGGAAGACAGACAGGUUGCAACUUAUUUGUUUAGGACGGAGUUUGGGGAUUUGGUUAACGUUUUUGUUGGAAAGAGAGGGUCUGGUUUUAUGGUCAAUAUUGAAAUUUCGUCCUCGAAACUAGCGAGCAUUGAUGAAACACUGCUGCUUAGUUGGGGGGUUUAUAGAUCUAAUUCAGCUAUUGUAACUCCCAACUUUCAGAGUAUACUCCCAGAGGAGACAAUUGGAGCAACGGAAACCCCUUUUGUAAGAACUUCUGAAGGGAAAUUUGCUGUUGAAUUGGAGUUUGAUGCUAAGCACGAUCCUUUCUACCUUUCUUUUCUGUUGAAAUAUCCAGUGGGUGUUCAUUCAGGCAGCUCUGAAAUUAAAAGUCAUAGGAAGACUAGCUUUUCUGUACCUGUUGGGUUUGGUCGAGGUUAUCCAAGUCCGCUCGGUCUUUCCAUUUCAGGUGAUGGUUCCAUAAAUUUUUCCAUUUUCUCAAGCACUGCAGAAAGUGUAGUUUUAUGUCUGUACAAUGACAGCACAUCGGAAAAACCUGUAUUAGAGCUAGAUUUAGAUCCGUACAUUAACCGAUCAGGCAAUAUUUGGCAUGCCUCAUUUGGAGGUGCUUCAAACUUCGUGAGCUAUGGUUAUCGAUGCAGGGGGUCCAAGUUUCAUGAAAAUCAAGAUGAAGCUGAGGUAUGUCGGAUUCUUGUGGAUCCAUAUGCUAAGAUCCUUACAGCAUCUAUUCCUAAAACUCGAGGUCGGGGACUUGGAUUGCCUUCAAAAUUUCUUGGGCAAAUAUGCAAUGUUCCCGCAUUCUCCUGGGAUGGGGAAGUUCGUCCUAACUUGCCAAUGGAGAAGCUGUUCGUUUAUCGAUUGAAUGUGAAACAUUUUACUGUCGACAAAUCAAGUCAACUUCCAAUAGAUAUUGCUGGUACAUUUUCUGGCUUGACCCAGAAGUUGUUGCAUUUUAAGAAGUUGGGAGUGAAUGCGGUUCUACUAGAGCCAAUCUUUCCAUUUGAUGAGAAAGACGGACCAUAUUUUCCUUUUCACUUCUUCUCACCAACAAACAUUUAUGUUCCUUCUGAGGCUUCCAUUUCUUCUCUCAACUCCGUGAAGGAGAUGGUCAAAGAACUGCACGCCAAUGGAGUAGAGGUCAUCUUGGAAGUUGUUUUUACUCACACUGCCAUGGAUGGAGCAUUGCAAAGGAUUGAUGACUCAUGUUACUAUUUUGUGAAUAGGGUCGCGAAUUCGGAAGGAAAAAGUGCUCUGAACUGCAAUCAUCCCAUUGUGGAGCAAUUACUUUUGGAUAGUCUUCGAUAUUGGGUGACCGAGUUUCAUAUAGAUGGUUUUUGUUUCAUAAAUGCUUCAUCUUUGCUGCAAGGACAUCACGGUGAAUUGUUGUCUCGACCUCCUUUCGUAGAAGCAAUUGCUUUUGAUCCGCUUCUAUCAAAAACUAAAAUAAUCGCUGACUUCUGGGAUCCACAGGAGUCGUUACCAAAGGAAACUCGUUUCCCUCAUUGGAAGAGAUGGGCAGAGCUGAAUUCAAAAUUCAGUAAUGAUAUAAAGGAACUUUUCAGGGGAGAAGGUCUUGUGAGUAGCCUUGCAACCCGGCUUUGUGGGAGUGGAGAUGUAUUCUCAGAUGGGCGAGGCCCUGCAUUCUCUUUCAACUUCAUUGCUAGAAACGUUGGCCUUCCUCUCGUCGACCUUGUGAGUUUUAGCAGCAGCAAGUUAGCUUCAGAGUUGAGUUGGAAUUGUGGGGAAGAAGGACCGACAAGUAACAUUGAAGUUCUAGAAAAACGACUCAAACAGAUUCGUAAUUUUAUAUUUGUGUUGUUUGUUUCACUUGGUGUUCCUGUUCUUAACAUGGGAGAUGAGUGCGGCCAAUCUUCAGGGGGAUCUGUGGCCUUCAAAGACAGGAAGUCGUUCAAUUGGGAUUCACUAAAGACCGAUUUCGGUACUCAAACCACACAGUUCAUCACAUUUUUGAGUUCAUUUAGGUCAAGGCGUUUUGAUCUGUUCCAGAGCAGACACUUUCUGAAGGGAGAAAACAUAGACUGGUUUGAUAAUAACCAAUCACCACCAGAGUGGGAAGAUCCUUCUUGCAAAUUCUUGGCUGUGAUGCUGAGAGCUGAUAAAGAGGAAAGUGGAUCAAUCACUGAGAAUCCCAAGCCUCAAAGCGAUAUAUUUAUGGCCUUCAAUGCAUCUGACCAAUCUGUAAGUGUUGCUUUACCUGAACCAUCAGAAGGUACAAACUGGUUUAGGCUGGUCGACACAGCUCUGUCGUUUCCCGGGUUUUUCUCAUCUGAUGGGGAGCCAGUGCCAACGACGUCACCUGUUACUUACGAAAUGCAGGCUCACAGUUGUACCCUUUUUGAGGCUAAAAGUUUUAAUGAUUGAGAUUCUGAACACGUUGUAACUAAUAGCGAAUCCCCAGCCAGGUACAAUAAUGAGACAUAAAACUGCUAGUGUAGCCAAAUAAGGAUUGUUCAUAAAGCAAUUCCCAGUAUCCAAAUAUAUAUAUAUAAGUUCAUUAGUUUCUUCCA